CGCCAUCUGGCCGUUCAGUGCCCGGCCACCCUCCUCGGUACUCGGUACACCCCGUGUGCCGUGUGUGUGCGUGACUCGCGCUCGCGGCUUCCGGAUUAUCGCGGCUAGUUUUGCGGGCCCCCCGAGGAUCGCGGACACCAGUAGUGCACCGUGCCUUAAAAUACAGUGACCAGUGUAUGCCUUGAACGCGACGCGACAAAAAGAAUGGACAUCCUGCUGCGAGACAUGAACGCGCCGUGGCGAUGACAAGCCUGAUCUUGGAGAACGCCGACUUGAAUCGACUCUUUCCGAAAUGCCGGCCUAGGGGCGGCCCACCCCCGGCCCCGGGGGCCUCCACGCAGAGCAGCCAGCAGCCGCAUGACAGCCCCUGCCAGACGGAGGCCGCCGCUAUCACCACCGCCGCCACCGCCGCGACCGCCGCAACAGUCGCUGCCACCAUCGCCUCUACGAACACGUCGACGAGCGCCUCUGCGAUAUCGGACGACAUGAUCGACCUCGAGCGCGAUACCUCCGACAGGUAUAGGAAACGAGCGAAUGGCAGAAAAAAAUCAGGUUCGCUGUCCCGUAGGACGGCGAGCGUGGUGCCCGGUUUCACGGUCGAGGGCCAACUGCCGCACGCCACGAAGCCGCUUUCGUCGAGCUCCUCCUCGGCGUCCGGACGCAGCGAGGAUGCGCCGCAAUACGGUAGCCUGCCGGGUAGCGAUCAUCAGGGACAAUCGCAGCAGGACGACAGCGGACCCGAGGGAAGCCCCGUGUACAUUUUGACCUCGACCAAGGGAGGCCCCAGCUACAAGCUUCGGGAUUCAAGAAUUAUAGAAAUCGCCGGUGGCCGAGAGGUAUUCUCGCAGAGCCGAGGGAAGGUGCCAGCUAGAAAGUCGCGAUUUCUGGCUGCGUCCAAUUCCAUAAAUAACGAGGAUAUUCAGACUGAUAAUAAGCUGUCUGUUAAGAAGAAUAACAAGUCCCCUAGCUCGCAGACCAUAUGGGAGUUACGAAGCCGAUGCGGUGAAACCAGAAAGCAACGCGCAAAUCGAGAAGUGACGGAGACCGUGUUCGCCUCCGAGGUGCACUCGGUGCGACGUAACGCCACGAAAUCCAUUCUCGAUUACGACUCGCCCAAAAGCAACCGCAGCGGUCGCAUAAUUAAUUACGAUUCAAUCUUGAAUAGCAAUAAUGUAGAGUAUACCGUACCGAAAAGUAUUACCGACCUCGACUAUGGAUUACCGAAGAGCUGCGUAGACUAUCAGUCGAAUCACAACACCCCCGCGAGAAGCAUGGCUAUUGUCAGCGACGGCGAGGUUGUGGUAUUCGACGAUAUCGAUGACAAUUGGCAGGGGCUGCGACUGGACUUGGCGUCGAGCAAUACGAAUCAAGUUUCGACGACGAGUCUAGAUUUGGAGAUAGACGAUUCACAGAGAGGUCGUGUCGCCCCCGAACCGCCGAGUUCCAGCGUUGGAAGUACUCCUAGUCCUACGACGGCAUAUCAUCGCAAUACUUCGGAAUUUUUCAAAGUUGUUACGCCAGCGAGCGACUGUGAGGUAGAUUCUCCCUCCCCAGAACGUAAUCAUAAAGUUGCAAGAGUAAUUGGUGAAUUACCAAUCGCUCAAUAUUCUGGCAGCCCGAGACGUUAUGGAGUUCGCGAAAAUACACAGCUCCCUAGCUUAUUAUCAUCACCUUCAAUGUACAUGACACCGAGACCUGGUUUCCCGCAAAGAGUAUUGCCAACGACACCAAAUCACAAUGAGAAGGAAGAUACUUCUGCAGAAAUCGUAGUAGACAAGACUGUGAUAGAAAAUAUUAGCACAGAAGAUCAGCCUAUAAAUCCUUCAUCUCCAUCGCCAAAGGCCGAGGAGGAAGAGGAAGACUCUUUAAAACCGUCGACUUUGCCUGCUGAUAAUAUAAGCAGUCUUGUCUCGCCGGGAGGCAGCACCUUCGACUACCUGUACGAAUUUUCAGAAACACGGAAAGUGCUAGAAGAAUUCUUCAAAUGCCCGGCGCCGACGAAAGAAAAGGAAAACAAUAUAGAGUCCUUUCCUUUCCAGGAUCUUGAUUAUGAAUUACGAAGGCAAGGUGGAAGUGCGUAUGUUGGUCAGCGAUUAGCUAGUGGCCCACCCGCAACGGAGGAGGUUAUGGUACAUGAAUCUCCUAAGAAGCAACGGGCCGAAUUUCCACAAAAUACAGGUGAACACGAAAACAAUUUCCUGGAUCUCUCAGUAGGUACUGGCAGCAGUGAAGAUCUUGGUGAGACUGAAGUCGGCUUACAAGUGGGACACUCACGUAAUUUUACAUUGAGCCCCGAGACGACCGACUGCGACAGCAAUUGCGGCGACUUGGACAGCGAGGUAUCCCUCAUGAUGAUGGAUAAUGAAUUGAUGCCAGCAAGUGGCCUUCUCGGAUCGGUCGGCGAUUUGGGGAAUAAUUCGGAUUCUCUGAGAAUAUACACUAGCAUGCCGGUGUUAGAAGACGGCCUGUCUAGUGGACACGCGAGCGAUACUGACAACAAUAAUCCUACUGUGAUGCUCAUGAAACGGCAAAUAAACGAGAUAGAGAAGGAGAUUAUACAGAGAACUCGUAACGACAUGUUAGGCACGAAUGAGAAUGACUCCGGGAAGGACGUUAGUCUAAACGUAACAAAGGAUAUUUUACACUCGUUGAAGACUACGUCCCCUGAUCUGUUUAUCGCAAAGAAGGAAAAUUCGUACGACACGAAUGAGCUGCAGCUCGAUGGAUUGGAUCCACUGGGCACACCGCCACCACCGGCACCUCAAGGACGGCAAAGUGUAUCUUUAGAAGUAAACUGUGGCGAGGUGGAGGCGGCCAUCAAAGAUAUCAGAAUGGCUCUGCAAAGGACUAAAACUCUACCUGUGAAAUCGCCAUCGGAAGAACCACCGGAGCCGAGCGUUAGUCCGAUAUGGAUACCAAGUAUAAUGGAUGGCAGGCGGAGAAUCUGUAUGGAAAGCAAUAGCGAAGAAUCUGAUGCGCGUCGUAUAGGUGACGAUGCCGAUGUGGAAAUUGAGGAAUGUCCAGACGAGGAGGAGGCGGAUACCGAUCUUGAAACGGAUCGGUUGCUCGGACAACAGAGAACGGAUGAUCAAGGAUUUUACGACGAUAAGGGGUGGAGGAAGCCUAAGACUAGGACUAUGUUACCACCAAUGAAUGCGAAAGUCGCUACUCCAAAGCAAACCCCUCCCAAAACAUUGAGUGUCGCCCCGAUAGAAACGCUAGCGCCUUCCGAGCCCAUACCCUCGACGUCUGCCUCGAUCUCCCCUCCUCCUGUAGUGUCUGUUAUACAAUCGUCGUCUUCUAACGAGUGCGAAGUAGCCACUCCCGCGCAACCUACAUCGAGUCCGCAGAAGACCCCAGUCAAAAACUCCCCCUCAUCCCCUCAGAGCCUCAAGGAAUCCAACAACAAGGUGAAAAAGGAUAAGGAGGGAAAGAAAAAGAGCAGAAACAAAGAAGACUUGUUGGAUGAUCCAUCAGUGUUGAUCGAGGGUGUCUUGUUCCGCGCGAGAUACUUGGGAUCAACGCAAUUGGUAUGCGAAGGUCAACCGACGAAAUCGACUCGCAUGUGUCAAGCAGAGGAAGCCGUUUCCAGAAUAAAGGAUGAUGGGCCAGUGCCGAUGCAGGCAACACUCUUAAACUAUGGGGGGCAGCAUGGGUAUGGUCGCUGCAGCAUUGCCUCGCAAGGAAGCCUAGAGGAGGACGAGUGCGACUCGAGCGAAGAACUUAUAGGAAGCGCUUCUGGUGGGGGCCAGUCCGAGUCACAAGCGCUUGGGGCCCAGCCGAAACUGGCCCCGAUCAGUGGCUGCUUGGGGCCCACAACCGUUUUCAGACUACAGUUUCUUGGGUCGGUGGAGGUGGAAGAGGAAGGGGGCCGUAAACGGCGUAAGCGCCUUAAGAACCACAUGGUGGAGGAGGCUGUGACAAAAAUAAAGGCGCUGGCACCGGACGGUGACACUCAGCCAAGCACGGAGGUAGACCUCUUCAUCUCGACAGAGAAGAUCAUGGUUCUCAAUACUGAUUUGAAGGAGAUCAUGAUGGAUCACGCGUUACGCACGAUUUCGUACAUAGCGGAUAUCGGCGAUCUGGUAGUGCUAAUGGCACGGCGUCGUUUUGUGCCGCAUGAAAUGGAAGAAGUACCGAAGAUUAACCGAACUCCGAAGAUGAUAUGCCACGUUUUCGAAAGCGAGGAGGCUCAAUUUAUAGCACAAAGUAUCGGACAAGCAUUCCAAGUAGCUUACAUGGAGUUCCUAAAGGCAAAUGGGAUAGAGGAUCAUAGCUUCGUUAAGGAGAUGGAUUACCAGGAGGUGCUCAAUUCGCAGGAGAUAUUCGGCGACGAGCUGCAGAUGUUCGCGAAGAAAGAGAUGCAGAAAGAGGUAGUGGUACCGAAAGCGAAGGGUGAGAUCCUCGGUGUUGUGAUUGUUGAGUCCGGCUGGGGCUCGAUGCUGCCAACCGUAGUCAUAGCGAAUCUCGCGCCGGCCGGCGCCGCCGCACGUUGCGGUCAGCUUAACAUUGGCGAUCAGAUAAUAGCGAUUAACGGUGUAUCGUUAGUCGGCUUGCCUUUGUCCACAUGUCAGACUUACAUAAAGAACUCGAAGAAUCAAACGGUCGUCAAGCUAACUGUCGUGCCGUGUGCACCUGUGGUCGAAGUGAAAAUCAAGAGACCCGACACGAAAUAUCAGUUAGGAUUUAGUGUACAGAACGGAGUGAUAUGUAGUCUAUUGAGGGGUGGUAUCGCCGAGCGGGGCGGAGUACGAGUGGGUCAUAGGAUAAUUGAAAUCAAUAAUCAGAGUGUUGUUGCUGUACCGCACGAAAAGAUUGUUAAUCUUCUUGCUACGUCAGUGGGAGAGAUUUUGAUGAAAACGAUGCCCACGUCUAUGUUUAGGCUGUUGACCGGCCAGGAGUCUCCGGUGUACAUAUAAAAAGCGUUCAGUUGCCUGGCUGAUGCGUAGUGAACAGACAAUACAUCCACCAUCCACUACCAUACUAUCCGCUACCUUUACUGUACAGGUUAUUCAAUGCAAAUCGCUUUGUGUUUUCGAUUCUUAUGGGACGAUUCGAUACAUUCACCAGCUCCUGCUUAGUAAACGAGACCUACAUAGGGGUACGUCGCAAAAACGUUACUAAAUAUCUACUCAAGCAUAAUUUAUAUGAUUAUCGAUUAUUGUAAGAGAUAUUCGUCUAGUUCUAAUCAAUGAGAUUCUCUAUAACAUAAAUAUGUUCCCUGAAAUCUUGCGAGAUAUUGUUUCGAUGCCGGUUAAUGCAUUAUGUCAAUGCAUUGCGGUGUUUAAUUUAUUGUCUGAGCGGUGUAGAACUUGCGGCGAAAUUGUCGCGAUUACUCAGGCGUUCGAUUUAUUACGAGUCUAGCAAAACGAUAGGGGGAAAAAUAAUAUUGAUUUUCAGUGCACAACAAGUGGAUGUUACAGAGAAUCGCAUUAUUCGCGCCAAGGAAGAUGAUAUAGGUGAUGCAGUUGCACAUGAUUAUAAAUAGCACAAAGCUCUUUACCAACAGCUGGAGCAGGGCUGGAAUUGUAUAUUACGUAGUUUAAUGACGUAGUAAUAUUUAUAAAAAGGAUCUCCCUCUAUCUCUCGCGGAGACACUUUAAGCUAAAGUGUUUAUUUAAUCUUUUUUAUCCUUAAGGCCGGCGAAUACUUGCGGCGCGACGCCCGAGUUUAUUAAUUUGUACUAAAAUUACUAUCUUACCGUAGUAAACUUCGGACGCGUAAAUCUCGUGAUAAAUAAUGCCAUAGUAAUUAUAUAGAAGAGCACAGUAACGUAUUCUAUAAUAUAUGAGAGGGAUUUUUUUAAGAGAGUAGAUUAAUCUGUUUUUUGCAAUACGUUAAGCUGACUUCCGGCAAGAGAUAAAUAAACUGUGUAUCUCUCUCGUCGAAUACACGGAAAUGGUCAGUGGACAAAAAUGUUGAUUCAACAUCAUGUAUGCCUACAUAUCGCUUUAUCAAUGCUAUUCUGUCGUAUACUCACCUGUAUCAAAGAUGAAGUCGUAACGUUCACCGCGCGAUAUUAUUUUUCGGAGCGACGUUUGAAAGUCCUUCAUAUUAUGCCUCAUAAAUGACUGUCACUCGCGAGAAAAUAGGUAAAUAAAAAAAUUUUAAAGUUUAUUUACUCCGAAUAUUGCUAUAUCCGUAAGUGCACAAUUUCCUAAUAAAUAUUUAAAGUUAGUGUACAUUUUUGGAAAAAAUAUGCACGCCUGUGUGUGUAUGUGUGUGCGUUUGUGUGUAAGAGAGAGACUUGUUUUUUGUUUCUCGCGAAUGGUAGUCAACUGUAAACUUGCAAAAGUCAUCUUGUUCCCAGUAUGUUACAUUAAUCGCGCUCGCUUCUUCGAUCACAUAUUGAUAAAUGUUGAGAAAUGGCUGUGUAUUUAAGAGUCUACAUUUUAUAGACGUAAGACCGUACUCGACUUAGGCACUUUAGAAUAGAGGCCUUUAAAUUUUUCAAUACUUUACGUCCUCUAGCUCUCUCUUUCUCUCUUGAUAUUUCGUGAAUUCCCCGCUCGUUUUAUUAGGGAUUCAACAUCUUCAUCGAAUUGUUAACUCUAAUUGAAUCUUUAACUUAAAAUUCAUGGUAGUAGAGCUGUUCAAAGUAUAUUACGCUGACAAUUUUUUAAGUACUUAUCGAUUAGAAGCCUUCAUAUCUCUCGAAAUUUUCUCACGCCAUUCCGAAGCAUCUCGCAUCUCAAUUUGGAAAAUAAUAUUUUCGAGUAAUCUCGUCUCGUUACGCAGAUUUCCCACGAAAGAUUGAUGAAGAACGCUUUAGAAAUCUUUCUACCGCUCGAUUCCUAUCGAUCUAAUUUUGUAGAAUAAAGUUUCUUUUAAUUCACUCGUUUUUCGCGUUCGGAAAAGUUCAGUUCGUAAAAAUAGUCGUAGUAGUUAAUCGUAAAAUGGCUUAUAAAUUAUAGACUGCACCUUAUCCGUAUCAGCUUGCAGUAAGUCUUCACUCACCGUGUAUAAUACUUACAUGUAAAAUAUGUAAAUUGUAUUCGACUCAAUGUGGCUUCACUGCAUAUAGGCAUACAAAAUGAAAAUCUAGCUUUUCCCGACUUGUAGUAACUCUUCGUCAAUGGAAAGUUUCUUCUAAAAUAUAACAGACUGACUCACUUCUAUGUGUGACCCAAUAUAAAAAAAAUUACUCAUUCUAGAGAAACGUAAAUUCUACAGUCGUAUUACUACAAAAAAAAAGAAGAAAAGUCCUCUUCUAUAUAAAUACUAUAUGCCAUAAUAAUCUAAGUUUUAUCUAUUUUUGCUGAAAAUUUCUCACCUUCGAGCUAUUCUGCUUCAAAUAUCAAGAAGUGUGCGAUGACAAACUUUGAGAUUCCUGAUGUCUGAUAAAAUUUCAAUGCCAAAGUACAUUAAGUAGGCGUAACGACGAGACAGCGGAGUAUACGCAUAAUUUUCGACGAACUGAAAAAAUAAUUAUUCAGAUUUUGUCUGAGAAUGUGCGAAUCAUUUAAGGAACGAUGUAUCCUAAUUUGCAAAAAAUUGAACUUGCGUUGUAUUUAUCUUCUGACAUAAUUCAGAUAUAUAUAGGGCAUUUAAAGAGCAAGCGUUCAUAGGAUUAAGUAGGACGUUAACUAAAUAUCGUGUAAAAGAUAUCUAAUAAACAUGAGGAAAAUUAUCUUUUCGAGGAUAGAACCAAUUAGAUUGCUCUCGACAUUGUACAAACUGAGAAUUGUUUCUAUCUACAAAAAGACGAGAUUUUCGAGGCAUGUUGAUUAAACAUCUUUCGCCUAAUGAAUACGCUCUUCGGAUCUUGAACUCUUCUUUUUUAAACAGCCCUUGUAAGUCAUAAAAUUUGUGUUCACAUAGUGUCAUAAUACAUAUUGUAAAAACAAUCAUACGUAAACCUGUUUAAAAGUGACGAGGAAUGCUAAUUUUGUAACAAAUAAACUAGAAUUUAAUUUCGGAAGAUCGAACAUGUGUUCUGGGCUUUGCUCUCUUUGCUUUGUCGACAUAACAGACAUGGAUUCUCCGUAUAUAAUUGUAAGUCGAUUCUUCGAUUACACUGAUAUCUUCAAAGAUCUCUCUGAUUUGCCAUAGACACGAUAUUUCCUACGGGACAAUUCUCUGUGAGGCACGUGGAUGAAGGGCGUGUAAAUAAAAAAUGUUUUGUUGUCUACGAUAUUUAGUGAUGUAAAAGCGAAAGUGUGACGCGGUGCACGACGCCGCAAAUCGAUACGGACGGAAAGCCUCGUGAGGAUAGUUACGUGAGAAAUGUCACGAAAUAUAUGUAUAAAUAUAUGGUAAUUCCAUUACUUCAUCGAGGAGGGUGUAGCGAAGCAUAUUACGAUAUUGCAUAUCAUGGGGAACCGAUAUAUCAUUGUGGAGACCUUCAUUCAUUACGGGCAGAUAUCUAAAUGAGUAUGCAGAAAGUAUUAUCUUUUGCCGGAAUCAUCAGAGUCUAGAAUAAAUCGCGACUAUAUACGUUAGGGCAAUGGAUUUUGGCAUAGAAAUUUUAACCAUAUAUUCGACGAGCAACACAAAGCGGUAUGAAUAUAAUAUAUGGGAUCAAACAAGAUGUGUUAUAUAUUGGGUGGCUGAAACUUAUCUAGUCAUUACGCUAAGAAUAAGAUGAAUAUAUAAAUAUAAAUAAAAAUAAAGAAAAGUAUAUAUAUAUACAUAUAUAUAUACAUAAUAAGUUAAUACUCAGCCAUCGCAAGCCAUCCUGACUGAAUGUGUCUAGCCACAUUUUAAUAAUGACAUCUGCAACUUGUACUGUCAAUCUGGCCUUGCGUGGUCAUUACUUGUAUGUUCGUUAGAGAUGAAAUGUAAUAUUAUUAAAUCGUCAUUACACACAGUCUUCGUUUGUUGACUCAAAUUUUAUGAGAAAAAAAAACAAUCGACUUUUUUGUCUUAAUAACUGGAAGGUAUACAUAUAAGUUAUUAAAGUAUGGCUUCUUGAAGUAUUUACGAGCGUAAAUUAAUAAAUAUAUAGACUCAUUUGACUUUAUCUGUUGAUAUUCUAUUGAUAUUCUUCACCUAAAUUCUUUUUCUAUACAUUUUUUUUCUAGAUUUUCUACGAUUGUUGGUAAAUUAUAUUAUAUAUGAACGAAUGCGAGGGGAGGAGAUCUAGUAAACUUGUUCCGUUUAUAAAUUUAAAUAAGCGUACACAGUUCGUCGAAAUGAGAAAGUUUCGUCGUGUAAUUAUUUCCAAGCGCUGUAAGACAUUUUGUGUCACGCUUGUCCUCUUUAACGAGGACAUUGGCAGGUAAUGUCUGAUUUAUGGAAUAUUUCGUCGAUGACAAUGCAUGUCUUGCAUCAUCGAGCCUUACAAAGUGAAGAAUGAUGAUCGUGCAAAGUCAGUAUGAAUGGUAGAAAAAAAUUCCAAAAUUGCAGUCAGAAUCGUUAUGAGGCAAUUGAGAAAGAACCCAGCCAUUCAUGAUAAAUAAAUAAAAUAAUUAUAUCUUACACACACACAUAUAUAUAGAGCUUGCGCUGUAGCUUCACCAGUCAUGAAACAUGCUACAAGAUAUCUCAUGACUGUCCUUAUCAAUGUUUGUGAGUGUAUAAUAAGUUAUAAACUAUAAGUGAGCUAUUGAAUGUGUAUAUGGUAUAUGCUAGUCCAUACUAAGAUACAAUAAAAUGUAAUUUUGAAUUCAAA